AUGCCGGAGUGGCCGCUGCUGCGAGCGCUUCGAGGCGGCCAUGGGACCCGGUCGCUUUCGCUGACCGCGCGUCGGUUGCACAACCUGCCCUGGGGCUUGGCCAAAAUGAAGGCCCUGGAAUGCCUCAACUUGCGGGACAACAGGUUGUGUCGGCUGACCCCGGACAUGGAGGCCCUGAGGCGGUUGAAGGUACUAAAUUUGGGAAACAAUAUUUUUGAAGAAGUUCCAGAGCAGCUGACAUGCCUCAAAUCUCUACAGAAGCUUCAUUUGUUUGGAAACAAGAUUACCACCAUGUCACCCUUAAUGUGUGGUGGAUUACAGAAUUUAGUACUCCUCAAUCUGAACAACAACCUGUUUAGCUAUCUUCCUCCAGAGAUACACAGGCUCGAAAAUCUUGAAUGCUUGAGUUUAAACAAUAACCAACUGCGUAGUAUCCCCAAAGAGUUGUGCAGUCUCCAAAAGCUGCGUGAGCUCCAUUUGUCCCACAAUUCUCUCACGGCACUCCCUGAAGAGAUUGAACACCUGGCAGAACUCCAGAUCUUGCGCUUGUCAAGAAAUCAAAUAGAAGAGCUCCCUGAAGGACUUUGCAAAAUGGCGAGUCUUCGAGUUCUAGAUCUAGCAGGAAACAAAAUUCAGAUUUUCCCAGCAGCUAUACAGAAUCUUGAGCUGGUGGAACUUUACUGUGAAGGCAAUCCAUUGCUUCAGAAGCAUCCAGUUAAUGCCAUACAAGAAGAGGAUGUUUUGACUCUUAAGGAAAUAACAGCAAGAUUUAUUCUUGCUCAGCUGAAAAGCAACAACCUUUCUUUACUCAGAGCAAUCAAGCAGAAUGCAGAAGCACAGGAUAUACUUUCUCAGCAAGAAGAAUGUGCUCAGUGUGGAUGUGGUUUUCUGAAUAUGUGGCUAGAAUGUGUACAGUUUGUAGAUGUGAAACAGGUAAAACAACGAAUGAUGACCAGCCGAAACAUGCACCCCUUGCCUGUCAGGAUACUGCUGUGCUCGUACAAAUGCUUUAACCGCCAUGAUGAAGGACUCUUUGGAAUUGCCGUGGCUUAG